GAAGGGGGUUUCUCGACGCGAGGCACUAAAUCAAGCCAGUUAAUUAGUUUCUGGUCCUAAUCUCCUAGGAUCACGUCGGAGCCGAGGUGGUGCUCCUUAAUUCAUAUAACUACCAGGAACACCCCUGUCUACAGCCUUGCGACCUGCAAGUUUUUGAGCCUGCCCCCCUUUCUACUGCACGCCCUGCAUUUCCUUGCAUUAUUCCAACCCCAAGGAUUCUCCUAAUUAGCCAUCACGAUGCCCUCCAGAGAGUCUGUCCCCGUUGAAUCUACCGAAUACCAGGUGGACCCCAGUCGAUUCGCUUUCACUCCUCGGAAGCUUCGAGUGGUUUGCAUCGGGGCGGGCUAUUCGGGCCUGAUCCUCGCUCACAAGCUCAAGUACGAGCAGCCCCUCGACUUCGUGGACUUCACCCUCUACGAGAAGAACAGCGACGUCGGGGGCACCUGGUUCGAGAAUGUCUACCCCGGUGUGGGCUGCGACGUGCCCGCUCAUAGUUACAUCUUCCCCUUUGAGCCCAAUCCGUCUUGGUCGAAAUGCUACGUCGGUGGCGCCGAGAUUCAGCAGUACUUCAACGACACGGUCGAGAAGUACGGCUUGAAAGAGCGGAUCGUCUUCAACACCCGCCUCGUCAAGUCCAUCUGGAACGAGGAACAGGGCAAAUGGGCACUGGAGCUGCAGCAAAACGACACCAUCGUCCACGAUGAAGCCGACAUUCUCAUCAACGCUGGAGGAAUCCUCAACCGGUGGAGAAUGCCUCGCAUCGACGGCCUGAACCAGUUUGAGGGCAAACUCCUCCACACAGCCGGCUGGGAUAAGAGCUACGACUGGACCGACAAGAAGAUCGCCGUUAUCGGUAACGGCUCGUCAGGGCUCCAGAUCAUCCCUGCCCUGCAACCCAAGGCGGCCAAGAUCGUCAAUUACAUCCGUCAUCCUACCUGGGUGUCGGUCAAUCUGUGCCCGGACGUGACCAAAGAUGGCAUGGGAACCAACUUUGAGUACACUGAUGAAGAACGAUCCAAGUUCCGGGAAGACCCCGAAGGCUUCCUAGAAUAUAGAAAGCGCAUCGAACGCUCAGUCAACACCGUCUACAAGUUGAUGCGCAAGGGAUCCGACCUAAACCAGAUGCUCUUCAACGCCACGGACGGGCUCAUGAGACAACGUCUCAGCAAGAACCCCGACUUGAUCGAGAAGCUCGUCCCGAAAACCGACAUCGGAUGUCGCCGUCUCAGCCCCGGCGACGGCUACCUGGAGGCCAUGCAGGAGCCCAACGCCGAGUGGUGCUUUGACCCCAUCGAGCGCAUCACCAAGACAGGCAUCCAAACCACCGAAGGCGAGCAGGACUUUGAUCUGAUCGUCUGUGCCACUGGCUUCGACACCUCCUUCGUCCCGGGCUGGGAGAUGGUGGGCCGAAAUGGUCGCCAGCUCGCCUUCGAUUGGAAGAAGACCCCGCAGGCAUACUUCUCGAUGUGCGCCCCCGGCAGUCCCAAUUACUUUAUGUUUGCGGGACCCAACUGCCCCAUUGGCCACGGCAGCGUUCCUCAAAUGCUAGGCUGGAGCGCCGAUUACAUGCUGCAGUGGGUGAAAAAGAUUGCCCGGGAAGAUAUCCACUCCAUCGUGGUAACAGACUCCGCAACUGCACUCUACAACUGCCACGCCCAGGCAAAUCUGAAACACACCGUUUGGAGCUCCAACUGCAACGGCUGGUACAACAACGGGACUGCCGUCACGGCCAUGUAUCCGGGUAGUGUGCUUCACUUCAAGGAGGCCAUCUCCCAGAUCCGCGGCGAAGACUUCGACAUUCGCUACAAGAACACCGCCAACCCGUUCGCCUAUCUCGGGAACGGCGAGCUCGAGUGGGAGGGAACUGAGGGAGGAGAUUUGGCCUUUUAUUUGAAAUAAGUUACCCGUGAUAUGAUGGGCAAUUGUGUAUGAGUUAGUGAUACCUUUGUUUCUAAUGCCAUUCUUUUCAAUUUC